AUGGUCGAGUUCCCGGAUCCUCCUGCGCAAAGCGAAACGAAGAACGGUCCGAAGGGGCUGAGGCGGCGCGCCAGGGCUUGUAUUACUUGUCGAAUCAGGCGUGUAAAGUGUGACUAUGCCACCCCAUCCUGCAACAGGUGCCUCAGCACAGGACGUAAAUGCGAUGGCUACCCAGCGCUCCCGGGAAAGAGACAAGAUCCACCUCCCGCGGCCCUUCUGGUGGUGAUCAACUCUCCUGGGCUUGUUAGCUCGCAAUGCGACCGUGAAGCCGUGACGGCAUUCAAAUUCUUCGUUCAAUUCUGUGCCCCGGGCAUGCUGAACUACGGGAGCUACUACUUCUGGAACGAGCAGGUGCUACAAGCCUGCCAUGUUGACGAGAGCAUCAAGCAUCUCACCAUCGCUGCCUCCAGACUGGGAAAGUAUCGAAUGUUUCAGCAGCAGCAGCAGCCCUGCAGGCAGGCCCCUUCGGAUCAGGACACCGUCUUUCUCUGGCACUAUGGCAAAGCGCUGAAGCUACUCAGCCGAAGCAAGAACCCGGAUCCGGGCUUCCUGCUCAUGGCCUGCCUGCUCUUGGUCCUGUGCGACGAGUUCCAGGAGAACCCGUUCGCGGCCAUUCAGCAUGUCAUCGCUGGUCGGAAGAUCCUCGCGGCAUACCGGCUCACAGGCCUUUCGCCCUCAACCCAGCGCAGCACCGGCAGCAACGCUGCAGCCAUCGUGGAACUCGACCAGAUCUUCUCCAGGCUCGAGCUGCACACUAGCGAGCUCUACACCAUGUCCAGACCGCAGUCGAGGUCUUGGUGGCCGUCAUUCUGUAAGGGAGAAUCCGCUGUUGUCACCACGGACAACUUCCCGCUAUACUACCCGUCACUAGACCCGAGACAGCUCUGGACACUCAUUGAAGAUGCCGCGCGGGCCCUUCAAGAAAUCGGCUUUGAAUGCAUGGCGCUGCAACUCGACGGGCCGCCUCCACAGACGAGGUUCCAGAUCGUUCCCGACCUGACGGCGAAGCUCAACACGUGGCUCGACAAGCUCGCGGCCUUCGAGUCCAGCAUGCACGCGUACCUCACGUCUGCAAUGCUCACGGACCUGCACCUGCUAACGACGUACCACCUGUGCCUGCACGUGCUGUCGCGGUGCGCGCCCUUCAGGCAGGGAGGAGAAGCCGCCUUCGAUGCGUACCCGGGAACGCUUGAGCACGUCGUCGUGAGCUGCAGCCUCCUGAUGCGGCGCCGGCGCGCAAGGCUCAUGCCUAUGCUGUUCCUGGUCGCCACGCGCUACCGCAACGCCAGCUUCCGCCGCAGGGCCAUCGACAUGCUCCGCCAGUGCGGCCUGGAUGGGCAGGUCCUCGCCAAGAUCGCUCUCCGUGUCGUCCGCCUCGAGGAGUCCGGCCUCGUUGCACCGAUCGUAUCCUCCGACGUUCCCCCCGCGAACCGCAUCAGACUGGUCGACGUGGGCUUUGACAGUGCCGGCACAGGCUCGUAUCUUUUGCGCUUCACCCGCCAUCCUUACCGCACUUCUAGCGGUGGCCAUGAUGGAAACGAAGACAAAAGCAGUGUUCCGUUCGAGCAUACCGCCCUUUCAACCCAAGCGUGCUUCUGGCCUGUUCCGUCCCCACCCCAGACGUCUUCACAUGCAACCGGACUGCUCGAUACCGUGCUGAGAUUUGACUUUAUGGCAUUUUGGAACGAGGAGGACCCGGCAUUCACUCUCCCGGCAGGCUUUGAUCUAGGUUGA